UGGAGGGAGCACUUUAUGUGUUGCACUGAGGGUAGUCUCCGGAAACGCAAUUCGCAGCGGACCCCGGAAGCGGUCUUUUGUCUCCAGCUGUGGUGGCCGAGAACUGUUACACUACGCACGCUGAAGGGGCUGGGUACGUGUUUUCCUUCAGGACCGGGGCGGAGAGGAGCCGGGAUCGCGGCAGCAAUGGAACAGGCCUCGGAGAGGCGCACGGCCAGCGCGCUGUUUGCGGGGUUCCGGGCCUUGGGGCUUUUCAGCAACGACGUUCCACACGUGGUGCGGUUCAGCGCGCUCAAGCGCCGGUUCUAUGUAACAACGUGCGUAGGCAAGAGUUUCCACACCUAUGACGUUCAGAAACUGAGUCUGGUUGCAGUAAGUAAUUCUGUUCCACAGGAUAUCUGCUGUAUGGCAGCUGAUGGCAGAUUAGUCUUUGCUGCAUAUGGGAAUGUUUUCUCGGCAUUUGCCCGUAAUAAAGAGAUAGUACAUACCUUUAAGGGUCAUAAGGCAGAAAUCCAUCUCUUGCAACCCUUUGGAGACCACAUUAUCUCUGUUGAUACUGACAGCAUUCUUAUUAUUUGGCACAUAUAUUCAGAAGAAGAAUACCUGCAAUUGACUUUUGAUAAAACAGUAUUUAAAAUUUCUGCAAUUUUGCAUCCAAGUACCUACUUGAAUAAAAUACUUCUGGGCAGUGAACAAGGAAGCCUGCAAUUGUGGAAUGUAAAAUCCAAUAAACUUCUGUAUACAUUUCCAGGAUGGAAAGUUGGAGUGACAGCUCUUCAGCAGGCACCAGCUGUGGAUGUUGUUGGUAUUGGUCUUAUGUCAGGUCAAGUUAUCAUUCACAACAUUAAAUUUAAUGAAACAUUAAUGAAGUUUCGUCAAGACUGGGGACCCAUUACUUCAAUUUCAUUUCGCACAGAUGGUCAUCCUGUAAUGGCAGCUGGAAGCCCAUGUGGCCAUAUUGGACUCUGGGAUCUAGAGGACAAAAAAUUAAUCAAUCAAAUGAGAAAUGCACACUCUACAGCAAUUGCCGGACUGACAUUUCUCCAUAGAGAGCCACUUCUUGUCACAAAUGGCGGUGACAAUGCUCUCAGGAUAUGGAUAUUUGAUGGUCCUACAGGUGAAGGCCGACUUUUGAGAUUCAGAAUGGGUCAUAGUGCUCCUCUUAUCAGUAUCAGAUACUAUGGACAAAAUGGACAACAGAUUCUAAGCGCAAGUCAAGAUGGAACUCUUCAGUCAUUUUCCACGGUACAUGAAAAAUUCAAUAAGAGUUUGGGACAUGGAUUAAUAAAUAAAAAGAGAGUCAAACGUAAAGGACUUCAGAAUACCAUGUCAGUGAGACUUCCACCCAUCACAAAGUUUGCAGCAGAGGAAGCUCGUGAGAGUGACUGGGAUGGUAUCAUUGCUUGCCAUCAAGGUAAGCUAUCUUGCUCAACCUGGAAUUAUCAAAAAUCUACAAUAGGUGCUUACUUUCUCAAGCCAAAAGAAUUGAAGAAAGAUGACAUAACUGCAACAGCAGUGGAUAUAACUUCUUGUGGAAACUUUGCUGUAAUUGGCCUCUCAUCAGGAACUGUAGAUGUAUAUAACAUGCAGUCUGGUAUACAUCGAGGAAGUUUCGGCAAGGAUCAAGCUCACAAGGGAUCUAUUAGAGGUGUUUCAGUGGAUGGAUUAAACCAGGUGACAGUUACAACUGGUAGUGAAGGAUUACUCAAAUUCUGGAACUUUAAAAGCAAAAGUUUAAUCCAUUCUGUGGGCCUCAGUUCAUCUCCAAAUAUCAUGCUGCUACAUAGGGACAGUGGCAUUCUGGGACUCGCCUUGGAUGACUUCUCCAUUAGUGUUCUGGAUAUAGAAACUAGGAAGAUUGUCAGACAGUUUUCUGGACACCAAGGCCAAAUAAAUGACAUGGCUUUUAGUCCUGAUGGUCGUUGGUUAAUAAGUGCUGCAAUGGAUUGCUCUGUUAGGACUUGGGACCUUCCUUCUGGUUGCCUGAUAGACUGUUUUUUGUUGGACUCGGCUCCUCUGAAUGUUUCUAUGUCUCCUACUGGAGACUUUCUGGCAACUUCCCAUGUGGACCACCUUGGAAUUUAUCUGUGGUCCAAUAUUUCUCUGUAUUCAGUUGUUUCAUUACGGCCACUUCCUACGGAUUAUGUCCCCUCAGUAGUAAUGCUUCCUGGUACUUGCCAAACCCAAGAUGUAGAAGUAUCAGAAGAAACAGUAGAACCAAGUGAUGAAAUGAUAGAAUAUGAUUCACCAGAACAGUUGGAUGAGCAAUUGGUGACUCUUUCACUUCUUCCUGAGUCACGAUGGAAAAACCUUCUUAAUCUUGAUGUUAUUAAGAAAAAGAAUAAACCAAGGGAACCACCCAAAGUACCCAAAUCAGCACCAUUUUUCAUUCCAACAAUUCCUGGCCUUGUACCCAGAUAUGCUGCACCUGAACAAAAUAAUGAUCCUCAGCAGUCUAAAGUGGUAAAUCUUGGAGUUUUGGCUCAAAAAUCAGAUUUCUGCUUGAAACUUGAAGAAGGACUGGUAAAUAAUAAAUAUGACAUGGCUCUCAACCUUCUGAAAGAAUUAGGCCCAUCAGGAAUUGAAACAGAGCUGCGAAGCUUGUCUCCUGAUUGUGGUGGGUCUAUAGACGUCAUGCAGAGCUUCUUGAAAAUGAUUGGGAUGAUGCUGGACAGAAAACGUGAUUUCGAGUUAGCCCAGGCAUACCUUGCAUUGUUUCUAAAGUUGCACCUUAAAAUGCUUCCUUCAGAGCCAAUACUCCUAGAAGAAAUAACAAAUUUGUCAUCCCAGGUGGAAGAAAACUGGAUCCAUUUGCAAUCACUCUUCAAUCAAAGCAUGUGUAUUUUAAAUUAUCUCAAAAGUGCUUUGUUAUGAAAAUAAAUUUGUGACUAAACAAAUCAAAAGACUUACAUAUUAAAUAGGUUCAAUUGAACUCAUUUCUUAUUUUCCAAGUGUCAAUGUGAAAAGAAAAUAAUAUAAUUUUUAAAAAAUUAUUACCUGCUUAUGUUUUUUGAGUAUCUAUCUCAUAUAAGAGAUGCUGCAUGUUCACUGUGAAGUAUUGCUGAAUUAAAUUGAAAAUGUCAGAUAUAAGAGCAGCCUAGUGCUUUCUCCAUUGUAACAUACCGAAAGGAAGUUGUUCAUGGAUCAGAAAUGUGGGAGGCCCUUCCUUGCCCAAGGCAAAUUGCUAUAGACAUUUAAACUGAUAACAAGGAUAGGUAAGGGAAAUUCCAAAUUCCAUUGGAAGUUGGCCUUCAAAGGUUUUCCUUCCUCACUGAUGACCUUUUUAUUUGGGAAGAAACUGCUGAACACACUUUUCUUUCGACACCAGGUAGCCCUGGAGUUUUCUUUUUUUCCUCAUCAUCAUUUUGGUUUUUUUUAUGGCCCAAGACUUUUGCAAUACAUGAAUUAAACAUAAGCAGUUCUUUAAAGCACGGUGACCUAAAAACUAUUCUUAGUUUAUAUACUUAAAAGUUGAGUCUUUCAUGAAAUGCAGUGGGUUGAAUACAAACACCAGUAGCGUCUUGUUCAGAUAAGAGAGUUGCAGGGAAUAAUCUCCAGAAGAAGCAAAAGGCAUUUACUGAUGAUACCUUUAAUGUUCAUGUUUUUAUUUAAUGAUGUAAAAAUUAGUAAACUACUAAGGAAAUAAACCAAUCUGGUUAUUGUACAGAAUUUCAGGGUUUUUUUUGAGAAAGUGUAUUGACUUAUUAAAGCCACUGAUGGAAAUGUUAAUAAUGACUUAAGUUCUAACUUAAAAAACCAUUAUAUUCCUCUUUCCUAAAUACUAUAUUCUAAAUUGGAAUAUGGCAAAAUUCCAAUAUAUAAUUCUGUACCUAGUAAAGCUUGUAAUCACUAAAACAAAAUAAGCGCUGUAAACUGAAAUUGUAUUGCUUAUACAAAUCAUCAACCAAAUUUUCUUCUCUUUUUAAAGUGAGCAUAUAGACUAGUGUAUUGCUCUCGGAGAUAUACAUUUAGGUAGUAUUACAUCAUCAUUUUGGCAGGUAAUCUUCUAGACUUUUCAUGUAUGUUUCCAUCAAGGGCAGGAAAGAAAUACAAAAUAUAAUUUUAUUUGUCUGUAUUUUCCUUAAAAAUAUAUCAAUCUGUGCAUACUGGUUUAUCUUUAAAUUUUUAAAUUACACAUGUAAUAUAUGACUACAUUUUGGUUGUGUACUUUUUUGAAAACCAUCUUCAGUCCCAAUACCCUCUGUAGAAGAAAAUUAUUAACUCUCCUUGAUCUUGUUUUAGACUGUUUUUAUGAGUGUUUAAGAACGUGUAUAUAUUAUCUGCAGCCGCAGGAAAUGUAUAGUUGUGAUUUUUACGAACAUAUAGGUAUAUGAUUCUACAGCUUGCUGUUUCUACUCGGGAGUUUUUUAUUUUUGUACAUUCACAGUUACGUAAUCUCUUUUGCAGUGUCCAACAGUCUAUUUGCCUAUGACAGACACUUAAGGAAGUUUUCCUUCUUUUUUUUUCCUUUAUAAUUACAAACAAUGCUGAAAGGAACAUCAUUCUACAUGAGCCCUUUUUGUACAUAUACGGAUUUCUCUGUAGUAUAUGAUUAGGAUUUCAAUUUCAGGAUGGAGUAUAAGCAUUUUUAAUUUAAAGAGAUAACUUCCAUUUGGCUUCCACAAUGGCUGGAUCAAGUUAUAGUUCCCCUCAGCAACAAAUGAGAAUCUGCUUCCCCACAUAAUUAAUGAAACUUGCUAUUAGAUUUUUGUAAUGCUUAUUAAUCUAAUUAAAAAUUUAUUUUUGUUUUAGAUCAAAUUUCUCACUAGUGAGGAUGGACAUAUUUUUGUAUGUUUAUUUUAGAACAUAUAAACAUAUUUGUGAAUUGUCUUUUUCCUCUACUCAUUUUUCUAUUGAAUGAUUUGUCCUUUUAUCUCACAGAUUUGUUAGGAGUUCUCUUGUAUUUUCUGUGUUAAUCUUUUAUGCCUGUUGCCAGUGUUUUCUCCUACUUAGCCAUUUAGCUUUAAUUUUACAUGGCGUCUUUUUAAAUAAAUGUUUAUAUUUGUGUACAAUCAAA